CCCGCCUCAUUCCGAUCCCUCCACUCAACCCCCUUCCGCCUCCUCGCGACCCCGCAGACCGGACCCCAGACGGUCUCGUCCGGCCCUAUAAAGACGCCCAACCCGUCCCAGACUGCUAACGCCACGGGCGCGUCGGCUGGUGCGCUGGGUACGACGGCGAAGGCCGAGUAUCCGGAUUACAGUAAGGGGGAGAGUGCGCUGGAUAAGGCUGCGCAGUUGUUCUUCUUUACUGAGAUCUUGAGGGGAAUGUGGAUUGUGCUGGAGCAAUUCUUCCGACCGCCUUAUACCAUCAUGUACCCGUUCGAAAAGGGACCGCUGUCCCCUCGAUUCCGUGGUGAACACGCACUGAGGAGGUAUCCUAAUGGCGAAGAGCGGUGCAUUGCUUGCAAGCUCUGCGAAGCUAUCUGCCCCGCACAGGCUAUCACGAUUGAGUCGGAGGCGAGGGAAGAUGGGUCCAGGCGGACGACGCGAUACGAUCUGGAUAUGACCAAGUGUAUCUACUGCGGCUUCUGCCAGGAGGCUUGCCCGGUUGACGCUAUCGUCGAGACCCAGAACGCAGAGUACUCGACCGAGACCCGCGAGGAAUUGCUGUACAACAAGGAGAGGCUGUUGAGCAAUGGAGAUCGGUCGGAGGCGGAGAUUGCUGCAAACUUGCAGGCUGACCAC